AUGGCGGGUCGAGACUACGAGCGAUCAAGAAUGGAGCAUUGUGUUGGGCUCUUCUUUGAUCCUCCACCACCUCCAAGAUCCGAUGAUGAACGCAUGAAGAGUAAGGUGGACAAGAAUCUUUGUAGAGACAUGCUUCGUGCGGUUGGUGCUAGUCACUCUUCUCAUACAAAGCCGGUUAUGAAUAACACUAGCAACAAGGACAAAGGGAAAGCCAUUAUAACCCCAUUGGGGGAUGUGGGAGGUGCCAUGGAGGUUCCACAACCUGGGAAAAGCCUACCCCAAGUGGGAAAUAUGGAUGCCAGCAGCAGCAGUGCCAUCAAGUCUGUUAACAACCAGUGUCCAAAUGGGCCAUAA